CACACACACACACACACACACACACACACACACACACACACACACACACACACACACACACACACACGUUCUUAUGUAAGUCCAUUUAUGUUUUAAGUUGUAAAAGUACAAGCGUGGAAGUUCAAGUGGGUAAAAAAAUGCAAGUCACUGUAUGUUAUUCUUUAAAGUCACAAAGCUUAUGUUUCGGCACCGAGCCACUAUCAGGCCUUAUCACGGUGCUCUAAUGUUUGCCUGUUUGAUUUUAGAAAUGCUUGGAAUUCAAGAGACACUGUUUUCAAUAGCUUCACUGCAUAAUCAGGGGCUGUAAAUGAUUGACAUUCUACGUAAUUGAGGGUCGUCUUAAUCAGGAUCUGAGUUAUCAGGAUAAAUAGCAAGAGAUCAUCUGAUUAAGGUCGGAGGUCCUGUUUACACCCCAGUACGCUGAUGCAUGUCACGUAUAGAUACUUGUAUAGUAUACGUGCAAUUUCAGCAAUGUUUUAUGAUUAUUGCUUGUUGUAUGAGACGGUAAAAUUCUACAUGAAUUCUGUAUAUACCAGAUUGCACAAUAACGUGUUCUACAUGUCAUAAGAAAAUAAGUUUUGCUCACAAGCUAGGAUCAUGCAAAUGCAAACAUAAAUAUUCACAUUUUUUUGUUUGUUUUAUUUAAAGGUUUUUUUUCUCAAGGAUUAAAAUCUGAAUAUAAAAAUAUAUUCUCAAAUGAGAUUAACACAUUGAAAUUCCAACACAAACAUUCUUCAUAAUGAGCUGGAGAUCAUAAGGUAAUUGUUUUCAGUCAACAUUCAUUUCUCCAUUGCUGGAAAUGUGUUUGUGGCUGUCAUGUGAGUUUGGAAUAAUCACAAGACAUCCCACUGACAAUGAACAGCGUCCUCAAAUCGGCCACCGGUUUGUUUGAGGAUGUCAUUAUGCUUAAGACGACUAAACUCAACUCAUACAAAGGAAUUCCUUUAUAAUUAGUGCUGAAGCAGUGAUUCAUGUGUCUGUUUAGCUGUUCCUGUACUGUUUUACACACACACACACACACACACACACACACACACACACACACACACACACACACACACACACACACACAUUAACACACACUAUGUACUCUGAAUAAACAAACACCUCUCUAUCUCAUUCAUGUCCAGAUACUCAAACAAAUCAUCCCACACAAACUCUCUCUCUCUCUCUCUCUCUCUCUCUCUCUCUCUCUCUCUCUCUCUCUCUCUCUCUCUCUCUCUCUCUUUCUUUUUACGGUUAUGUUUCAAGACUUUUUUGGCUCCUAGAUUCCUCUAUAGCAAAUUCAAUAUGCUAGAAAACAUGAGAGAGAGGUGUGAGCUAUUGUUAGGCUCCUGGCUGAAUAGCGGAACACUGUAGACUUCUGUAGUUGGUCAUUUGGGUUUCUGCAUGAGUGUUUGUCUGGGCUUUCGUCCAGGUUCUCAGUUUUCAUCCCUCCCACAGGAAGUGGACUGGCUAUGCUUAUUUGCCUCUAGGUAUGAAUAAGGAUUAUGUGUGAUGUAUUUGGUGCUUUGCUAUGAUCUGGCAUCCCAUCCCAAGUCUAUUCCUAACGUGGUGCAGAGCAGGAUAAAUCCAUCAGUAAAGCUGAGUCAUUUGAUAAUUGGAAUCACACCAACAGACACUGGGCGUUACACACAGACUGAGGGACUACAAAUAACCAAGUUUAUGGUCAUGACUUUAUUAUUUUAGGUGGGGCAGUGUUAUGAACAGCUGUUAGUGCGAUCUGUUUUAUAUUUGCUUGUUUUCACAUCUACAUUUAACAAUCUGCUCACUGCUUUUACAGAAUAAUACAAACCGCAGAGACUUAUCGCAGUGACGGACGGAAAAAUCACCAUCUUUUUCUCACUGCAUGAAUUCAGCUGAUCAGCAUGGUGAACACCAGGACACUUAAUCUUUGACCGGUUUUGACGUGGCUAUAGAUUUGCACUGCUCAACCUUCACAUCUCACCUCUGUGUCAAGAGCAACAGCAAUGACACACACAUCUUCAACGUCAUCACUACUGCUCUGCUUUUGGCUCAUCCUGGUGUGUGUGAUCCCUGGCAUGAAGUCCUGUCUGCAGUGCGAUCUUGACAUCCGACGCAUGCACGACGACUUCUUGGCCACAAAGGAGAAAAUAACUGUACAAGAGCAGUUGGAUCUGAUGAAAAUCCUUAAUCAUGCCUAUGUCACCUAUCAGGACACCAGCAUGCAGCUCUCUGGGGUCAUUGAUCUCACCACUUUGUACCGAGCACAAACCGAGUAUCAGAGCGAGUUCAGGAGGCACUGGCAGGAGCCGAGCACCGGUUCUAUUCAAUGGGAUAUGAUAAAGAUCCUAGAAAAAGGAAAAAGGAUCCUGAGGAAGCAUCUAGAAGUCUUUGUGGCUGAAGGACUGUGUCCAAAUAAAUGUGGUUUACUUUUUCAGAGUGUUAUGAAUUGCUCUUCCUGCCAGUAUGGGUUGCACAUGUGUCAAUCUGUUAUACCCACAAAGGACUGCGGAGAGCAUCAUUUGAUAGCAAAAGAGGGCGAGCAGGUGGUGCUGGAUUGUUUUCUCCCGUGGCACACUUUGGUAGCAGGACAUGCUGAAUAUCAUUACUCCUGGAAACAGAGUGCCACAAAAUUUUCACCCGAGGACGAGUUUGAGGUUCUGGUGGUGACCGAGGACUCCAAAAUCGUCCUGAACCAGCUGAGUGUGAGCAAGCAGGGAGUUUAUCGCUGCUUCCUGCUGGAUCAACAUGGCACUACACUCUCACACACACACUUCAUCCUCACCGUCACGCCCACACCCACUUCACCCCCAAGACAGAUCCCUACACUUCCUUCCCUCCCACAUGAGGAUGUGAGACAUGUCCAGCUUCACACAGACACUCUGAUCAUCACUCUGGCUCUUCUCACAGUCCUGACCCUCUCAGGCAGCCUGGCCAUCAUCCUGUGCACUGUGACGACGAUGAGGCGGCAAAAGAAAGCCGAAGCGGUGGAAGAUGGACAGAACACAAGAUUAAGGAGAAGAGACAGGAUUCUACACGAUAUAUGAAAAUGGCAAAAACAGGCCCUUUUAGAAGCUUUUUUUCACCACUACAGGUUCCUUCUUUAGCAAAGAUUCUUAUUUUUGCACUGUCUUGACAAAUCUUUUGUAACACACAUAUAAUCUCUGUGAGGUAGAAAAAUUCCAAAGCCACAUGCAGCACGUGGCUAUUAUUUUCAUGCUGUGUUUUCUGACAUGCUGCUGGUUAUUAAAUAUUAAACCUUUUUUUUUUCUCACAACAAUCAUCAGAAUAAGUGGAAUGAUUGCGUGAUGAUUUUUGAUGCGUCCGUAAGCGAUCGAGUGACGUGAACUGGAAAAUAAAUCUGGUACAUUUAGGUUUUUUUUCUCCUAGAUUUAAUAUUACCAGCAGCCUGGUUAAUCCCGGGGAUUGUCUACUCUAUAAAGCCGGCACAAAUCAAA